AUUUUAUAUCAAGAACGAAGGACAAGAAACAAACGUACUGAUAUUACCGAGGAAGCUAUUUAGCUUUUAUGAGAAAAAGGAGAAAAUUGAAAGGGAGGAAAACAUAUUAAAUUUGCUCAUAAAAAAGAAGGAAGAUUCAAGGGAGGUUCCCCAAAUGGGGGAAAAUAACGAAGCUGGAGAAAUUAUUCAAGUGAAGGAAAAGGAAGACACAUACUACACAUUCAAUAAUGUAAAAAGUUACUCUCGGAAUUUUCUCUACUUAUAUCAAAAUUUGGCCAAUAAUUUUGAGAAACUAUAUUUUGAAAAUAUUUUGCAAGAUUGUUAUUAUUUGAACUUGAAAAGGGAAGAGGAGAAGGUCGUUACUUUUGCGUUUAGAAGCGGAAAAAUAGGAGUUUACGAGAAGGAUUACCUCAUUGUAACGGACAUCGAAUGCGACUUUGGCGAACUGGUAGACAAAAGAAAAUGUGACUUUUUGAACUGGAAUCAAAUGAACGUUUUUCCGUUUUGCGUUAAAGCCUUGGUGGAGCCGCUGCUCUUAAAUUUGGUACAUAUAAAUGGGAAUAAUCCAGGGGAGUGUUACGAACGGAAGGUAGCAGAAUAUCUGCAAGGGGGAAGAAGAGACAACUUGAGUUACUUUUUCUACAGCACUUCUUUGCACUCGAUUAGUUUUCCGGAUAUCCAGGUUAACAGCGGGUACAGCGUUGCCGAAGUGGAGGUCUUAAACAACGGGCUGAUUGACCUAAAAGUGUCAUGUAGCAUAUACGUAAAGGCAAACUCGGAAAGGGAGGAGAAGCAAACCAUUUUGGACAAAGAAGACAAAGGGAUGUACUACUACAACGAGGUGUUCGAUGUUACGUGUCCACAUUUAUUAUACGAUAAAGUAGCAGAGGGGAAAUCCUCACCAAAGGAGGAAGAAAGGAAGAAAGAAAAAAGGAAAAAAAAAAAAAUGUGCCCUGUGUAUAUAUACCCAAAUAAUUUCACCUUGUCGUAUAAAAAGAGGCAAAAAGUAUAUAUCAUUUUCAAGCCUCAAGAAAAACACGAAAAUUACAAAAAUUAUUGCUUCCUUUUGGUGAUAAAAAAUUUGAGCAAGGGAUCGGAUAUAAGCAUUGGUGAUUUGUUAGAAAUACAAAAAAAUGGGGGAGAGGAAAAUGGCGGAUUCCCUCUAGUGUGCGUUAGGGAGAAUAAAAUAAUUAAAAAUAAAAAAUGGAAUCAACGAUUCGAAAAUGACAUUUCAAAGUAUGAAGACUCGUCUUCACCAGAGGGUGGCACAUGUUCGAGUUACUCCGAGAUAAGUCAAGAUGAAAGUUUAAAAAAAAAACAAAAUAAGAAGAAGAGCUACUUUGGGAAGAAAAACAGGAAAAAAAAAUUUGUCGCGUUUUGCAUGAAUGUCUACGCUAAUAUAGUUAAGCCCAAUGUACAUGUAAAGACGAAAAAAUUGACCAAGUGCCUUUUGCUAAAUCCGCUGCAUUUAUAUAAGACCAGUUUUACUAUAAAAAAUGGAAGCGAUUUUUAUGUUAAUUACUGCUUUGAAAAUUUAAUUCAUUUGGAUGGUUUGUCUAAAGGGGGAAAGGGCAUUUCGUUUGAGAAGCAUAGCGGAGUUGUUGAUGGAGAGAACACCAACGCGUUGAAAGGUGAAGAAAAAGAAACGCCUAUCCGUGAUGGAAUUCUCGACGAUGUUGCAGAGAGUAAACGGAAAGAGGACGACCCUUUUGCCGACAAAGAAGCGUAUAAGAUAUGUUAUUACAACUACGUAGAUGUUCUGCGUGAUAUACGAUCAGCUAAAAAAGGGGGCGAAAAAAGCAUAACGGAGAGUAGAAGCAGGAGCGGCAGAAGCAGCGCCGAUCAGGCAAAAACAAAAAUAAGCGAAGGGGCAGAUAAUAGGUCGGAUGGCAGCGAGUUGGAGAACAACAAGGCGGUUGACAAAAAGGGAAACGCAGAUAAAGGAAUAGAUCAAAUGUUAAGUAAGAAAAAUAUGAAAGGGUGCCAAUCUAGCGGGGAAGCGAGUAUCCCCCCAGACAGAGAAUACUUUCUCAAUUUGAACAAAAGGGUGAUAAAAUAUUUUUACGAAAGGGGAAACAGUGAUGCAGUUAGCAUGUACGUGUUGGUUAAAAAUGCGUCCAAUGAAAUGUUUAAAAGGGAAAAAGAGGAAAGGGGGGAAAAUGGGGAAACUUUGCAAAGGCAGCAAAGAGAAGAACGCGAUGGGGGUAAGAAGUGGACAAAAAAGGUAAAGAAUAAAAGUGUAAACAUUCUCAAAGUUGAAGAAGGGGAAUACUGCCUAAAACCACAUGAGAAAAAAAAAAUCCUUUUAUAUUUUCUAGUGAAUCAUUACGGAUACCACGAAAUGAACAUGAACAUAAUUUUUUACAUGGGUAAGUAUAUGCUGGAAAAAAAAGUUAGGAGGAGAAUAUUGACCAAGUGCAAAGGAAUCGAAAUAAGUAGAGACUCUUUCGUCUUCCGCAAUAGUUACUCCCAUUACUGUUUUUGCAACAUGGUGAAAAUUGAAAACUUAGAUAAAGACUUAAAACUGAUGAAGUUGGGUCAGACAUCUGAGAAGAAGUGCGGGUUCGUCACCUUGUAUAUGCUUUAUUUGUCUGCCUUUAAAAAUAAGGGCAAAAAAAGGAGCAUAAUGAAACGCGAGGAUCUGCUUAACCAUUUCAGGAGAAACUUUCUUUUAUUUUUAGAAAAUGAAAUAGACAAGAGUUGUGUUAAGCAGGAGGGUGACGGGUAUCAAUGCGACUUGUGCAGGUGUUCCUUUAAAUACGAUUGUUGCAUCCACUUUUUUGAGAGUAAAUUUUUGGCAUGUACCGAUGGACAUGGCUAUUCUUACCAGUUUGGUCAGGAAAAAUACAUAGUGGAAAAUGGAAAGAUGGCUAGUAUGAUGGAAGAACCUUCUCGUUGCCACCACCUUAGUGACAACUUGCAAGGAAUUUACAAAUAUCACGCGGAAAAAGAUUUGUAUAUACAUAACGGAAAGGCAGAGUUUGCGGCGCACCUCUUGAUGUACCCAUCCAAUUUGUUAUUGCUUCCGUUAAGAGAGACGAUAAAUUGGAACGCAUUUCGAAGAGACAUCUUAAUUGAGGGAGAGUGCAAAAAUGGAAGUGUAAAAAUAAAACAUGACAAAAAGUUACGCAUUACUAACCCUGCUGACACGAAGAGGGGAAAGAAUUACGUAGGAAUAUGCAGCGACACAUUCCACGUGAAGGUAAAAAAUUUAAACGAGUUAGACAUUUCUUAUGAACUGUGCCAAGUGGGUAACAACGAAUUUGAAUAUAAUUAUCAUAAAAAGGAGUAUGUGGUGGUUUGGAAUUGUACUCCCAAGUUGGAUUACUACUAUGAAGACUUCUACACCUUUGCGAAGGUUAAUAACUUGAAAAGGGGAAAGGACAAGGGUUUUUUUUAUCAAAAUGGGGAAGAAUUAAAAGAGGAAAAUCCCUCCUGUGCUAUGAAAAACAGCGUAGAAUAUAUGAAGGGGGGUCCCCUUUUGAAAGGAGAACAUUCCAUGGAAGAAGAUAGGCCAAUACACGGCUGUGUCAUCAUGGCGGAUUGUCACUCAAAUGAAGUAAAGGGAAAUCAAAGCAAAACGCAUGAAUUUAGAUUACUGCUCUUUCACGAUGAUGACACAACGAAAGAUAACAAUUUUGUAAAAUUGAAAUUUCCAGUAAAAUUGAACUAUUUUCAUUAUCGAGAAGUUAUAAAAGUGUCUUGUUAUUUUUCCAGACACACAUUUGAUUUUGUCCUAAUUAGAGAAGAAGACUUAUUGCUAUCUUUAUUUAGCUAUGUCAAAAUGGUUGUUUGUGAGGGGGGAUGGUGCAAAAAGGGGUCCAUUACUUGUGUAGGAAAUGAGAUAGAAGGGGAGAAGGGAACGAAGACAAACUCGACAGAAUCGUUUGUAAACGAACUUAUGGACGAACUGCACUUUAUAAAAAGAGAAAAAAAGGAUGACCAAAUGUGUGGGGAAACAAUCAAUGAAUAUUUCAAGCAAAUGAAGAAGUUUUUUCCUCCCAAUUUUGAUGAAGAUGUGCUGGCAGAGUUUCAAAAUUUUGUGCUCCAAAUGGAGUCAACAUUUGAAGCAAAGGAAAUGGCAUGUGAGAAAAUAAACACAGGGGAAAAACACACACAUGGUGUGGAUGGAAGAAGGGAAGGAGAAAAACCUUCCGAUGAAAUAAUUCACCAGGGAGGUUUAAGUGCGGAUGGUGAUUUCUCCCAUGAUAAAGGUGAAUAUACAAACAGAAGGGAAAAUAAAGGGAUGGAGAAACUUGUGUGGGUACAUAAACUCCUGCACGGUUUGAACAAUAAAGUCGAUUACAAUUUUAUCGAUUUUGUGAGGAGGAAUAAGCGCGAAAUGGACUUUAAGUACGAACGGGGGGAAAUCACAGGGGUGCACGACGUCGUAGGUGCGGGGGAGGCGGAUGUGAAAAAGAGGCGAGAAGGGGGGAAAUUGAAGAGGGAGCAGAUGAACAGUGUAAAACGAGACAAAAUAAACGCAGCAAAAAUGGACGAAGAGGAGAAAUGCCACCCUUCAGAUGAAGCCACAAACUUAUUCAAAAGCUACUUAUGCGAACUGAAUAAAGAAAAUGGCACCAUAUAUAUAAUAGUAAGCAACAAGAACAAAUAUGACCUUCGCCUGAAUCUGCGUUCGCCCGCGCACAUAAAUGAUAGCAUAAAUGAAGCAUUCCACUUGUGCAUAGAUAAUUUAAUUAUGAGGAAGGAGUGGCCAGGGAUUUCCCGUUUUGUAAGUGAAUACAAAUUGGGUAAAGGAGAAAGUGCGCGUUGUAAGGCGGUCAAUUUAGAUAGCGUGAAUUGUGGAAAGUACAGCAAAUUAAAACACUUAAGCGCUGCAUAUUUAGGGAAAAACGAAAAAAAGGAAGACCACUAUUAUCAGUACUUGAGUAACGUUCUACGCGAAAAGAGGGAAUACUGUUUUGGCUUAAGAAAUAACUUUUUUGUGGACUUUUUCCAAUUCGAAAAUGUAUUAAGUUCCAUGAAAAGUUCCUUUAUAAAACUACACUUGCAUGCAGACAAUGUCAAUUUGUAUGAGGAUAAAAUUACGUUGAAUUUGAGCAAAAGCGAAAGUUUUCAAAAUAUUUAUUGA